GGCUUAUUCCUGCUUCCCUUCUUCCUUCGUCGUCGUCCUCCUCCUCCUCCAUCCAGUCUCUCUCACUCACUCACAGAGGACUGUAGUUCCGUCUUCCCUCAUCCGCCAUGUCUCGAGGAACAGCCCGUCUAAUCAAGGAGGUGAAACAAUUCACUGAAUUUCAGUACAAGAUUUUCACCCGUCGUUAUGGCCAAACAGUCAUGGACAUUUUCGACUUCCCCAUUAAACUCGUCCUUUCCCCUUUCACCCUUGCUUUCGACAUUGCUGGCUCAGCUCCUCGUGGUUUCGGUAUACCCGAACUCAUUUCCAAGCUCUCCUAUUCUGCCAUCUUUGUUGUGGCUACUCUUGGAACUUAUGAUAUUGCUCUAGAGAUGGGAAAGAAAGUGAUAUGCCAAAGAGAUUGUAGGACCUGUUGCGGUUGGCGUGCAAUGCAGUGUACUAUGUGCAAAGGUUCGGGGAAGGUUCACUACCAAGUGAAAAACUACAAACUAAGGGGUGGAGAAAAACCAACUGCUGAACAUAUUGCAGAUGCCAUUGUAGAUAAUCGAGCUGAGUUGGUUCACCUUCCUUCAGGAAUAGAUCUUAAUGUGCCAUUGCCAUCAAAGGACUGUGUGAGCUGUGAUGGAACGGGUGUGAUGAAAUGUCCUGAGUGUGAUGGCAAGCUACCAUUUAAAAUCUCAGCAGAUGAUAUCAUGGAGCCUCCAUGGAAAGCAUACAACAUCAUGAAAAAGAUGGAUUAUCCUUAUGAGCAUAUUAUUCAUAGCAUGAAGGAUCCCAGUAUUGCUGCAUUCUGGUUACUUACUAUGCCCCAGAUGAUUGGAGGAUUUGAAUACGAUGAAGAAGUGAAACAGAAAAUUUGGUGGCAGUACAAGGAAUCAAUGAAGUAUGAUCAACUCAGAGAUGUUGUGGCACAGCGAAAACCAGGGUGGGAGCACUUGCAACAGGCAUUGAUCUCCAUUGAUCCUGAUCGGGCAAGGGAAGAUCCUGUUGUUGUGAAAAACGUUCCUUAUUACAACGCCAAGAAGGGACUAGAGUCCGAAGUCAUGAAGCUGGAUCCUCCUCCAAGGCCGAGUAAUUGGGGUUCUCAGGAGCUGAACCUUCCUCUAGAUAAAUCAUCCUGGAGCAAAGAAGAGCUUAAGGAUCCAAAUAGAUUAAAUGAAAUGACGGUUCUCCUCAAUGCCCAGCAAGAAAUGGCUGAUAAAGUUUUGGAUGCGCGUUGGGAAACAAAUUGGCGACAAGAGAAGUUGAAUGAGAUGUUGGAAGAGAAGCUAAGGCCUUACAUUGAAGAUAAUGCAGUUCUUCCCCGACCAAUAGUAAUGCAAUCGGAGAAGAAGAACGAGCAGGAUCAAAAGAGAAGAAGCAGGGGACGAAGAUGGUGGCCGUUCUAAUAACUUUUGCAGCCUUACAGGAGGAGGGUGAGCUUUACGUUGUACCCUGUUUGUUUGUGCCAUGUUUGAAUAUUACUAUUACAUUUUUCACACUAGUUGAUUGAUUUCAUCUAUCUCUGAGACAUCAUCUACUUUUACAUGUUUUUCUUUUAAGGUUAUUAAUGGAAAAACCU